CUUCUUCGUCGGAUCUGAUAUACCAACUUUCUCAACUCCGAUCAUUUCUUCUCCUCCGUAGAUUUCAUCAUGGAACCUGAUGUUAGUAUGGAGAACUCUUGUAUGAUCCGGAUCGCGGUACUCUCCAUCGGUCCGGUUCCGACGGGUCUUCUUCGAGACUACCACGCAAUGCUACUAAGGCACCGCACAAUUUCUCUCUCCGCAAUCAGCUCCUUCUACGUGGAGCACCAGAAAUCUCCCUUCGCGAACCAACCGUGGGAUACGGGCUCCCUCAGAUUCAAGUUCGUGCUAGGUGGGGCUCCUCCCAGCCCCUGGGAGGAUUUCCAGUCCAAUCGGAAGAUCCUCGCCGUAAUCGGCAUUUGCCACUGCCCUUCCUCUCCCGAUCUCGAAUCCGUUGCAGAUCAAUUCGGUGCUAUCUGCAAAAGUUACACCUCUUCUCUCGUGCAGCGCUGCUUCGCGUUUUGCCCCUGCGAUUCUCAUCUGGAGGAUGGUGAAAAGAAAGGAAACAAUAUAAUUUUAUUUCCUCCUGCUGACCGUCAGACUCAGGAGUUCCACUUGCAGACUAUGAUGCAAGACAUUGCUGCUUCAUUGUUGAUGGAAUUUGAGAAGUGGGUUCUCCGGGCAGAAUCUGCGGGAACUAUUUUGAAGACACCCUUAGAUUCUCAAGCCAAUCUCAGCUCAGAGGAGGUGAUUAAGGCUAAAAAACGCAGGCUUGCUCGUGCCCAGAAGACAAUAGGGGAUUACUGCUUGUUGGCAGGAUCACCUGUUGAUGCCAAUGCUCAUUAUUCCACAGCAUUAGAGCUGGCAAGGUUGACUGCAGAUUACUUCUGGUUUGCUGGUGCAUUGGAGGGUAGUGUUUGUGCGUUAUUGAUAGACCAUAUGGACCAGAGGGAUGCAGUUUUGGAGGAUGAGGUCAGGAAUAGGUACAACAAUGUCAUCUUGCAUUAUAGAAAAUCAUCUAUACAAGACAAUCCUCAAAGAGUUUCGCCCCUUAGCUUUGAACUUGAAGCUAUAUUGAAAUUGGCAAGAUUUCUUUGCAGGAGAGAGCUGACUAAGGAGGUAGUGGACUUGUUGACCAAUGCUGCCGAUGGUGCAAAAUCAUUGAUUGAUGCCAGUGACAGACUCAUAUUAUAUAUAGAAAUAGCUCGUUUAUAUGGCACUCUUGGUCAUCAAAGAAAAGCUGCAUUCUUCUCAAGACAGGUGGCUCAGUUGUAUAUGCAACAGGAAAACAGAUUGGCUGCUACUAGUGCCAUGCAAGUCUUGUCAAUGACAACCAAAGCUUAUCGUAUUCAGAGUAGAGCGUCAAUCUUAAAACAAUCUCAUUCUAAUGAAACUGUACCAGGUCAUGCUGACAGUGGAAAAUUCCAUCACCACUCAGUAGUUUCACUAUUUGAGUCUCAAUGGAGCACCUUGCAGAUGGUUGUGCUGAGGGAGAUUUUGCUAUCUGCUGUUCGUGCAGGAGAUCCUCUUGCAGCUUGGAGUGCUGCAGCAAGGCUCUUAAGAUCUUAUUACCCUCUAAUCACUCCUGCCGGGCAAAAUGGCCUUGCUAGUGCACUUGCAAAUUCGGCAGAGAGAUUGCCUUCGGGAACUCGCUGUGCUGAUCCUGCCUUACCUUUCAUAAGGUUACACUCAUUUCCUCUCCAUUCGUCACAUAUGGACAUUGUAAAAUGUAAUCCAGCAAGAGAAGAUUGGUGGGCAGGAUCUGCUCCUUCAGGGCCAUUUAUCUAUACACCAUUCAGCAAAGGAGAGCCAAAUGAUAGCAGCAAGCAGGAGCUGAUUUGGAUAGUUGGAGAACCUGUCCAGGUCUUGGUUGAGUUGGCUAACCCAUGCGCAUUUGAUUUAAGGGUUGAUAGCAUUUAUCUUUCAGUGCAUUCGGGGAAUUUUGAUGCUUUUCCUAUUAGUGCAGAUCUGCCACCUAACUCAUCACAGAUUAUCACCUUAUCAGGAAUCCCAACCUCAGCUGGUCCAGUGGUAAUACUAGGCUGCAUUAUCCAUUGUUUUGGCGUAAUUACUGAGCAGCUCUUUAGAGAUGUCGAUAAUCUGCUGCUAGGAGCAGCACAAGGACUUGUGAUUUCUGACCCUUUCAGAAGCUGUGGGUCCCCAAGGUUGAGAAAUGUAUCUGUUCCAAAUAUUUCUGCAGUUCCUCCAUUGCCACUGUUAGUGUCACAUGUUAUAGGUGGUGAUGGUGCAAUCAUUCUAUAUGAAGGUGAAAUUUGCAAUGUGUGGAUAAAUCUGUCUAAUGCUGGCACAGUUCAGGUUGAACAAGUGCAUAUUUCACUCUCUGGAAAAAAUCAAGAUUCUGUUCUCUCAGUCACAUAUGAAACCUUACAAUCUGCCCUUCCUUUGAAGCCUGGUGCUGAAGUGACUAUACCUGUGACUUUGAAAGCCUGGCACCUUGGGUUGAUGGACCCUGAUGCUGCUGCUGGCAAGAGUGCCUCUAGCAGCAUGGGCAGAAAUUUGAAGGAUGGAAGCAGUCCUUCGCUUUUAAUCCAUUAUGCAGGGCCACUGACAAUUUCUGCAGAUUCAGAAAUAAAGGAAUCUGCUGUGCCAGCAGGCAGGCGCCUUUUUCUUCCAUUACAAAUUAGUGUUUUGCAGGGUCUCUCUUUAGUAAAAGCUCGUUUGCUUUCCAUGGAAAUUCCAGCACACAUUGGGGAUAGCCUUCCCAGGCCAGUUAAUAAAGAGGCUACAGCAACAAAUGAAGUUGCUGUCUGUGAAAGUAAGAUAGACAAAUUGAUGAAGAUUGAUCCUUACAGAGGAAGUUGGGGAUUACGUUUUCUCGAACUUGAGUUGUCUAAUCCAACUGAUGUUGUGUUUGAAAUUAGUGUCUCUGUCCAGCUGGAAAAAUCUAGCAAUGAGGAUAAUCUUUCUGUUGAUGAAUAUGAUUAUCCUAAAACAAGAAUUGAUAGGGACUACUCUGCAAGGGUAUUGAUACCACUAGAGCAUUUUAAGUUACCCAUUCUCGAUGGUUCCUUUUUUUCUAAGGAUUUGCAAUCUGAUGGGUCCGCUGGUGCCAGGAAUUCAAUCUUCUCGGAAAAGAAUACUAAGGCUGAACUGAAUGCCUCUAUUAAGAAUCUGAUUUCCAGAAUAAAGGUCAGAUGGCAAUCGGGACGUAACAGCUUUGGAGAAUUAAAUAUUAAGGAUGCCAUACAGGCAGCCCUCCAGACAUCCAUUAUGGAUAUACUACUUCCUGAUCCUUUGACAUUUGGCUUCAGGCUCACCAGAAGUGGCUUUCAAAAUUCUGCAGAAUCUGAUUUGCCCAAACAAUCAAACAUACAAGUCCAUCCCUCUUCACCAAAAAAUCAUGUGAUUGCACAUGACAUCACCCCAAUAGAAGUUCUGGUGUGUAAUAACACAAAAGAAAGGAUAAAGAUGAGUCUUAGUAUUACAUGCAGAGACGUAGCUGGAGAAAAUUGUGCUGAGGGUGACAAAGCUACUGUCCUAUGGGCUGGUGUCUUGAGUGGAAUAGUUUUGGAGGUUCCUCCCCUGCAAGAAAUCAAACAUUGUUUCUCUUUGUUCUUCCUUGUACCUGGUGAGUACACGUUGGUUGCCGAAUCUUUGAUUGAUGAUGCUAAUGACAUUCUGAGAGCUAGGGCAAGAACCUUAUCACCUGAUGAGCCAAUAUUUUGUUACAGCCCUCCUUUCCACGUACACGUGGUGGGAACUGCGUGAUAGUUUUAUGCAUCUAUAUUCCGAUGAUUAUUUCUUGCUGGUUACCUUAGAUUGAGAUUUAAGACAGAAACACCGACAUGCAAUAGCAACAGUCAUACUCUGUAUGUUUUUUACCUUGUAUUCUUCGGGAUGUUGCCAAAAAAUUGCUUCGGAAAUAUACUAAAGGAGUACGAAUAAACGUCUCCUCCAAUCUUUUGGGACCUAGCUAAUUUGAUGUUGUGGUGAAGAGGAGACGAGGAAACUUCGUGGAAUUUGGUUGUCAAAAGUACACCCCAUUUAUACCGUCACUUUCUAUCCUUUAUUGUGACUUCAAUUUCAUGAUGUCUUUAUGUAAAAUCAUAUAUUAUGAUAUAAUUAAAAUGUGAACUAUUUU